ACAAACAUAAAUUACCGCAAAUGCCCCUCACACGUGCAAAACCAAUCACGGGCAUACUGCAUAAAUCCGACCCGAACUCACAAAGAAUUAUGCGUAUAAAACGGAACAAUAAUUAUUCAUUUACAAAAUCAAUAACUAUAAAGUGGAUCUCACAGCCAAACUUCGACGGGCAGAUCCUAACCCAACGUAACCGCAACAAAUCCGAGCCGUCCAUCGCGCUCCCAUACCUUCCGCGCACGCCACGCCUGCCCUUUAUGACCGUCGCCAACCGGACGAAGUGCCAUUAAAAAUAAAAAUAAAGCAAUUAAUAAAAUCAAAUUAAAAGAAAUUCCUGUCGGAUGAAAGCAAGACCACCGGCUCCGCUAUAAAUAACCGCCUCCGCUCUCUCCCUCCUCACCAAAUCUACCCCUCUCGCUCUCUCUCUCGGUCUCAAUGAUGGCGGUCGAUACUCUUCGUCUGGGGAAAGAGGCAUUCGGCGCGGCCGGCGAGGAAAAGACGACUCCAGCUUCCACCGCUGCAGCAGGCGGCGGCGGCGGCGGCGGCGGCGGAACGAAGGAGGGGCACUACCGCGGCGUGAGAAAGCGGCCGUGGGGAAGAUUCGCCGCGGAGAUACGCGAUCCGUGGAAGAAGACGAGGAAAUGGCUGGGUACCUUCGACACUGCAGAGGAGGCCGCGAGGGCUUACGAUGAGGCCGCGCGAAACCUCCGUGGCCCCAAGGCUAAGACUAAUUUCACAGACGGCGAUGUGCCUUCAUCGGAGUCGAGCUCGCCGCCGGCGAUCUGGACGGCAGCUCAGUGGCCUCAGGCGUUCCCGGACGGCCGAGAUCUGGUGAUCGUCGCACCGACGGCAGGAUCGGAGUUCUCCGGGUACAGAUUCGACGCAGUGGAGAUGAUGGUGAGGACCGAGCAGGAGAAGAAGAUGAAGAGAUCGGUUGCAGAAGAACGGAUCACGAAGAAGCCUCUGGGCAUCGAUCUGAACCUUCCGCCGCCUCUCUAUUGAGAUCAACUUCCACUUCCGUCUUUUCUCGGCUUAUCUUAUUUUAUGUUUUUUCGUUUUCCCCCCUCAACUUUUUGCAUUUUACCCCCCAUUAUCUGGAAGUUUAAUCUAUCCACCGAUCGUGGUCUGUUAUGUACAGCUUAAUCGCUAAUUAUCGGAUUAUUAACAUGAAAAAUAUUUUUUUCA